AUGUCAGAAACUACUGAAUCAGAAAAGAGACGCCUUCUGCGCGAAAGAAGACAGCAGAAGUUUGGCAAUGGCCAAGCUUCGUCCAGACUGGCCAAGAUCACGGGUCAGUCUGACAAGAGUUUCUUGUCGACGGAGUCGCCACUGGACUCUCGCAACUCGAGUCCCAGUCCCGAAUGGUCUGGAUCCGCGGCGUCUACCGGGUCGCCGACCAACAACCAGGACUCCACGAAACAGAUGGAUGAGCUUCUGGCGCAACUCGCGCAGAAAGGACCCAAAAAGCCCACCACUGCUCCCACAGCGACGCCUGAGCCUACGCGCAAUCCGGAGCUCGACCUGUUUGCCCAGCUCGCCAAGAUGCAGCAGGAAACCUCCUCCACGCCUGGGAACGGGACACCCGAUACACCGGACAUUUUCGCCCAGUUGAUGAAGUCGGUACAAAUGGACCAGCAGGCACAACAAUCGGCAGAAAAGGCGUUUGCUGGCGUUGGGGGGCCACCUAUUGAUGCCGCGGUUUUAGAGGCCCACAACGCCUCGGUUAACAAGCUGAAAUCCUACACAAUUCUGAUCAAGUGGGUAUUCUUCAUUUUACCGUAUAUUUACUACGUUACACACACCUCGCGCGAGAUUUUCCAACUCAACUCCAUGAACCACCUCACCCAACCCGCGAACUUCUUCACCGUCUUCACUACAUUUGAAAUUGUUACUUUGUCGGUGUAUUACCAAUUGCUACUCUCUGCUGAAAAGUCGCACAAGAUCAACACUCUCAACAGCAACAGCAAGGUCAUGAAGCUUCUGUCGAUGGUCCCACCGGGACUUAUCCCGAUAUCUAAUCUUACAGGCAAGGUUUCCCAGGCCCUUCAAUACUGGGACGUCAUAUCCAUGUAUCUCACAGACUUGGCAUUUGCGAUCUUGCUCAUCGGUAUUUUCCAGUAUUACCAUGCCAUUUAG